AUGUCAAAUUCUGAAAUUCAGGCCAAGCGAAAGAAGCAGGCAACACCUGAGAAGCCAUCAAAGAAACAAAAAAGUGGAGAAACCUCAAAAGUGUCAUCUGCGUCCAAAAGCAGCAGCAGCAGCAGCAGCAAAAAUGACAAUAUGUUCCAGAUAGGAAAGAUGAGGUAUGUGAGUGUUCGGGAUUUCAAGGGAAAAGUGCUGAUUGAUAUCCGGGAAUACUGGAUGGACCAGGAAGGUGAAAUGAAACCAGGCCGGAAAGGUAUUUCACUGAACCCAGAGCAGUGGAACCAACUAAAAGAGCAGAUAAGUGAGAUUGACGACGCUGUGAGGAGAAUAUAAGACCUGCCUGCAGUUCACUAGUAACCUGGAUGCUUUAAAACAGAUUGUUGCUCUGCAGUUCUGCUUAUGUUGCCCUCCAAAGCCCAAACACAGUAUCUACACCAUCUCUGAAUCAGCCAAGGGACAUAGUCUUAGAGACCUUUCAUAAGUUUGACAAAUGUGUAAUGCCUUUGUAGAACGGCAUGCUUCACAAAGCAAAUGUGACCAGGACACUUUGUAUGGAUAUUUUAGAUUAGGUUUUAUUGAAGUAGUUGUUCAUUGUAUUUGUCUUUUUAUAUUUGAGAUGUUCAUGGUUGGGGUUUUCAAAGGGGUUGGCUAGAGAGACGGGGUGUUUGUGUCCUUAAUUUUAAAUAAAGAUGAUAGAAAUGCACACAA